AUGACCCAAAAAGGGGGCAUUUAUAUAUGGCAGGUUCACAGGUUGGUCACCUACAUCUUUGUCUAUGAAGACCUGGUCUCCCUGACCUGCGGUGCCGUUGCCAUCUGGUACUUUGCCGGCAGCUUUGAGAGGAACGUGGGCACAGUGAAGCACUGCUUCCUCACCAUCACCUUCUCCGUGCUCUCUGCCCUCCUCUACCUCCUCCUGGAGCCCCUUGUCUCCCGGGUGUGGGAGGUGGGAGAAGCCAAAGGAUUCCUGCCAGUGGCUUUCGCCAUGCUGGGUGUGUCCACCACCCGCUCGCGGAUGAAGAGGACUCUGGUUUUUGGGUGCAGGGUUCCAGUGGUGCUGGUGCCCUGGUUUGUGCUCUGCGUGGCGUGGUUUAUCCCCCACUCUUCUCUCUUGGGUAACCUGUGUGGGCUCCUGGUUGGGGAAGCCUAUGGUCUUGGCUACGGUUUCUGCCUGGAUUUUCCGGAGUCAGUGGGCUCUAAGCUGGACCGGGUGUUCCCUUUCACUCUGCUGAAGAGGAUCCCAGGGCUGAAAUACAUCCCAGGGUCCUUAGCAGAGAGAAGAGCCUCUGACAGCACCAAGAUUAACCCUGCACCAGGCACUUACCCCACCCAAAGCUACUACUGCCCUUCGCCUCCAGCUCUUCCUGCUUCCCAGAUGCAGCAUCCCAACGCUCAGAGCCAGGGGUUUCAUCACAGCUGCGCUCCGGGACACGGCCGUGUGCCGGGACACGAGGGAUCUCAGCAGGGCCACGCUGCAGGACACAGCCUCAGUUCUUCCCACUGCCAAGCCAGAGGUGCCUGGGGAGAGUGUUGUGGGCAGGCCCACGUGGGAGCCUCCCCAGGACAGCACUGCCAGCUGGGCACGUUCUGUCCCCCUCAGCGCGUGUGCCCGACUGACCCACAGCCACCCGCGGGCCUGGGGCCCCUGGCUGGUGCUCAGCAAGCACCCACAGUGCCUCCUGUUGCAGCUGAAUUUACCAGAGUCCAAGUGUACUGAUCCUCCAGGGAGCAUCAGGACUCACACAGGGGCAGGGCCACUCUGUGAUGCUCCCACAGCAGUGCAUUGCUGGCAUCUUUGCUGUGUCUGGGGUGACUGUUGGAAUGCAUUGGUAGCUCCAAUGUAAGCCAUUUCUCUGCUCCCUGGCACAGGCUACUUGGAUUGUAUUUCCUUUAUAAUUGUUUUUUUACUUUUUGAUAUUGCUGGGGGUGAGGACUGUAUCAGCUCUGUGUACUUCUCAUCCUUUUGAAGUCUUUUUUCAUUGCUGCAUUUAGCAGCUGGCUUUUUCCACACUGCCACUGGAGUUCCAGUGCACCAGCUUCCUGAGUCAAGGUGGGAAUCUCACUGUCAAAACACUGGAGUUUAGCUAGGCUGCAGCAAAAAGCUCAUGUCCCAUUUACACUCCUGCCUUGUUUACAGGUGUGAUGUAGCUAGGACCCAAAAGAGAUGGGAAUUGGGCAAGCCUUAGUUUAUAACUUAAUAUUUGAGUGGAGGAGGACAGAUGUCUGUUCUACUGGUGACUUCCCCACUAAAACAGUGCCAUGAAGAGGGCUUGUUAAACCAAGCUGGGGCAAGAGGAUAGAACACAGAACACCCUUUUCUGCCAUCACAAAACACAGCCCUAAAAUGCUCAAGGUCCUUCUUAGCUGCAGUCUGUGACUGCAUCAACAUGUUGCCUUCAUUUUCUGAUAGCACUGCACCAGCUCAGCCUCUGUCACCAGCACUUGUUGAUAAGGCCACCUCACAUGCAUGGGAAGUAGUGGGGAAGCUCUUCAGUAAUGAAUUUUGGCCAUUUGUGGAGCAAAUGUUUAUAAAUCCAAGGAAUGCAGCAGUGCUGUUGGGGGGUGUUCACACUGCUCAGCAUUAGAAGUCUCACCCACCAAUAUUAGCACAAUCUCUCUCUGUUUUCUUGGGAGCUGGUGGGCAGGUGUGUGGGAGAGGGGAGUUUUCAGCAAAGGAUUUGGAGCAGGAUGCACUGUUUGGUGUGUGUGGCUGUAAUGAAGGAGUUUGGUCGAGUUGCUGAGAUUUGAGUGUUAUUCCCAGCUGUGUAGCUGCUGCCCUGUGCCAUGCCCAGGAGGAAUCUGCUGUCUCUGUAUCUGUAAAUCAGCCAGGAUCUCAACUAUUGCCCUGGGCUCUGCUCAGAGUUUUGUUGUGUUCCAAAAAAAAAGUGGUGCAUGAAGCACAAAAUGCCAUUACUGCUCCUGGAGAUGUUCCUGCAGUGCCUCACCCAUCCCCAGAAACACAACAGCCUCAGGGCUCCUCUGUGCUCCCAGUGAGCCUGACCAGAGGCAGCUCUGGCAGCUGCAUGUUCCAAAGCAAGUCCAUGCCCCUUUGAUUUUUCCAUCAUCAAUGUCUGAGGAAGCCCCUUGUUGCUGUACAGCCACUUCUCCAGGAGGCUGGAGUUGAGGGCCUUUCACUCCUCCACGGGAUCACAAAUGGAAUUGACUUCAUGGUCCUGUUUUUCCUGCUGACAGCAGUUGCAUUGUUAUGUGUUUAGUGUGGAGCAAGAGCGGGAUAAGGAGCUUGUUUGUAAUUUAAAAGCAUGUUUUUAAUACCAGGAAAGAAAUGCUAGAGAUAACAUUGAAAUGUUGAUGCUCCACUCCCUGCUAGUGCCUUGAUUUUUCCUCCUUGUGAAAUCCUUGCCUGUAAACCUAGGAAUUUUAUCACUGAUUUUUCCAGGAGGGUGAUGAGCACUGAUAGCAAUCAUGAAUGUUGUAUACCUCCAAACUGGGAACUGGAAAUAGAAUCUGAAAGACAAAUUGU